UUCGCUAGCAACAACUGGACGAGACACAAACCACAGAUUGAGGGAACUAUUUCAAACACAUUCUUCAAUCCGAUCGCGGUACAUAAAACGCAGCUAGAGGGAGCUGAAAGGUCUGAAAUGUUAAAAAGUAUUCUAAAACCCCACACAUCUCUGAACACAGCAACAGACUUUGCCAAGCGAGCCAACUUCAAUACCGUAAAACAGGAACUUUACAUCAAGCGAAGGUUAACGAAUCUAUUUAGUGUAGGGCCACAGAUGCAGAAGAUAGAAGUCGGGUCAGGUGCCAGCCUAGCGGUGGUGCGGCAACCGGCCAAUAGAUAAGUAGGAAAAACCAACUGAACUAACUAUUUGUUAGUAUGAACUGAACACUCAAUAUACUUGAACUGGAACGGACACGGCAGCUGUGCAUUGUGUGCACACGUGCUGCGCCUUUUACCAAAACGGUUAACCAAAACUCAAAGACUGAACAGAGUAACGCUGCACAUAUUUCCGGAACGCAUUGUUAGGACACCAGACUACGACUACAGUAGAAUACCGCCCGCCAUAAACCAAUCAAUCAAAUAUCCUUGCCCAUACGAGAUAUUGACACACAGAAAAGACCGAACCAAGGCAAACCACAAGUCCAUGUGGUAUCCACACAUUUGAAAAUUAUAUAAUACGAAUGGUCAACCGACCUAUACCUAAAUUCAUCUUUCACUCAGUCAGUCCCUCCAGGGUUAACCUACUGUUUUGCAGAAGUGCCGUGCUGGUGCAGCUAGUCUGUUAGAGUUUUUUGUUUGUGAUCGUUUCAGUUAGCUUCCUCAAACAGUUAUUUUUUAUCAAAGCAAAUUCGUCCAGCAAAUAGUAGUCUUUUCUUGAAUGAGAUUGUAGUAUUCAUAAGUCAGCACCUACUCAACAGGUGCACUCUUUCUGAUCCGUUUUAUCACUUCCAAAGUGAAUGCAAUCAUUGGUGUCGUAGCGGAGCUUUGUUGAUGUAUUUUUACUCUCUUGUCUUAUCUUAUCCUCGCGUAGUAACUUUCAAAGUAGCUAGGGAGUGUCACAAAUCUCACGGAAACCCCCCUUUAACAAUAGCAUGAUCACUAGAAACGGGAAAGGGUAGUAAAUGAAAGCCAAAUCGAAUCGGGGUUAAAGUCAUCUAUACAGAAUGAUUUAGGGUACUUAGGGUAACAAAGUCAAAGAAAAAAACGUGGAGCAGAUUAGGGCUAACCGGCAGGACCGUAGGAAGUAUGAACAUACAACGUGAUAACUGAUUGAACAAAACUGAUUUAAAAGGAUGAUCUACAAAGCACUAGGAAGAGACAAACUCAGCCGCGUUUGGGUCUGCAUGCGUGCGGCCACAGAGGGAAAUUUAGACUAUAACGAAUUACUGAUCUAUAUUUAUGAAGACUUUUUUGAUAUAGAAACAAAACCAAGAAAACGAAGCACAAGUGAGGGCAGAGGCCAACGUUUGGAUGAAACCAGAACCAACCGCUUAAUCCCUUCCCGGGGAGUUUCACCAGUUAUUGAUCGUGCGUCAACACUCUCAUUACGGUCGGACAAGCUCGGCCGUUCGUUCGUUCGUUGUUGUGAUACCUUUUUUCCAGCAUCAUACUAAUGUUUCGUUGAGUUCCUUCUUUGAUUGUUUUGAUUUUAGUGGUUCAAGAGAGGAAAAUAAGUCUGUUAUCGAAUGUUUAGCGUUUCCCUUUUUAUACAUGUAGUAGGACAAAGCACUUUAGUAACGGGGGGAGAUACACUGAAGGUAGAAACUCUUCCCAUUCAUUUUAUUACUCAUCAUUACCAUCCUUGCGGAGGGUGCUACAAGUAGGGCUCGUGUUUAAGUAGGAAAAACGAAUGAAAUUAAUUUAAAAUUAUUCUCAUCCAUCAGCUACACACCACCACCCCACGGGUUGUAAGUACUAUUCGCGUCGUGUCCACCAGAAAGGGGACGAAAAUGAGGAUACAAAAGAAUGACUAAACCAACUAAACACUAAUCUCUCUCGUCUCGUCGCGUGUAUUCAAAACAAAAACACACAAUCGGGUAAAACUCGCCGCGCGCGUUCGUUCGUAUUAAUCGUGAUCACCGUGAUCAUCUAUCGCUGUCGUCGUCGGGAUCGUAUUACCGUGAUCGGGUCGGGUCGUAUCGUCCGUUUAGAAUUAGGGCUGCUAGGUGAUAGUAGGGAUAUAAGCUUUAGCAGGAGGACAGUAGGGAAAACUAAUACAAAGUAAGGAAGAACAGGAGCAGGGUUUACUUAAAGCAGGGCCAGAAAACAAAGAUUACCAGAAUCAUUAGCGAGCUAUGAACAAAUCAAAGACUAGGGAAUUAGGGAAAAUAUAUAGAGAGAGAGAGUGUGUGCAUGUGAAAGAGUGAGAGAUCAGCACAGGAAUUCAAUGGCAACCUUUAUCACAGCAGCAUCUUAGCGCCGCCGCCAACAACGCCACUAUCGUUUUGAAAACAAUGUCUUUCAAGUUUGCCAAGCGGUGCUACCACUUGUCCUGGUUUGUUGUGAAUCAGGCAUUCUGUUGGGACCGAAUAUUCUUUUAGUUUUGCGCAAUAUUUUGAAUAAUGAUAGUGUUCUGAACGGCUGCUAUAAGUACUGGGUGUUGGCACUGUAUCUCUGGCAUCGAAGCAUCGACUAGAAGUAGUAAUAUGCUUCUAUGCUUUUACAGUGCAUCGGAUACAGUUGGAUUUGAUGUUUGUUUGCGUAAAAAUGAGUGAA